AUGUCCUCCUCACAACUUCCCCGCCAGCGCCGACGACGUCUGACCACCUGUCUUUGCAGUCCGCCAUCAACCUCGCCGCCAACCACCCAGGUCAGGUUUCCCGAGCAGCAGCAGCAACAGCAGCAACCGCUCCAAAAAUUCCGAUCCUAUUCGGCGCGCAAGACUGUCACUGGGAAGAUUCCGGUCCUUUUACAGGGGAGAUAUCCCCCCUGCGUCCUCUCUGAGAUCGGGUGCAGCAUAGUCGAAAUCGGUCACGCCGAGCGCCGUCGGUAUUUCGGGGAGACGGAUGAGAUCACAAGCAAGAAAGCUCAAGCGGUGGUACGAAACGGGAUGAUUCCCCUCAUCUGCGUCGGAGAGGGUGAACCCGGUGGCACGGCGGGCAAGAUAGAAGAAGCACAGGAAGAAGUGGUGAGGCAGGUAGAGAAGUGCUUGGAGGGAGUUGACCCCACAAAAGAAGUUUGGUUAGCAUAUGAACCUGUUUGGGCGAUUGGGGCAAAAGAACCAGCGGGAGUGGAACAUGUGAGGGGGGUGGUGAGGGCUAUGCGGCAGGGUCAAGUUGUGAGAGAGAGGAAGGAGAAGGGUGGGGAGAUGAGGAUUAUGUAUGGAGGGAGUGCUGGGCCGGGGUUGUUUGGACAACUGAAAGAGGAUGAGGAUGGGGUGGAUGGGUUGUUCUUGGGCAGGUUUGCGCAUGAGGAGGGACAGUUUUGGAAAACGAUUUGUGAGGUAGCCGAGGUUGAAUUCAAGGAGGGAAGUAAGAACUAA